AUGAGGAUCGUCCGCAACAAUGGGAUUCCUGUGUUUUUCCUAAAACGAGUUCUCAAGGAUUUGAAGAGAGGUCCAAUGGCAUGCCGCAUCGAAGUGUACGAAUCCUAUCAGUCUCUUUCCGGAAACAAGCUCUAUGCACCAAAACCCAGAACCGAGAAAAGGUUAAACACCGAUCACUAUAUGCUCUUAGUAGCUUACGGGAAGACGAAGCUUGAAAACCUUGCCGUCGCCUCCGUCGCUCUACCUGUGAACGAGUCCGCCGCCGUCCAAGGGAUGCAAUUGGACGGGGCUGACGAGAGAGAUGGACGAAUGGGUGAACGUAUCCUCAUUGUAGUUAAGGGAUUUGACGUUUCGGUUCCUAAGGGCUGGACGCUUGGGGAACGUGUGCUUCGUGUGGAGAGCAUGUUGAGAAAUCACUUCUCUUCAUGUGGAAAGAUCAAGUCCGUUUGUAUUCCUCAUGUCUUUCGUUUCUCUACUAUGACGAGGCAUGCUUACAUAGAAAUUCUGGGAGAGAACGCGAAAGAGAAGGCGAUGAAGCUCAGGCGAAGUGAGAUGGAUGGGAUGAAGGGACACAAACUAGCUGUUUCUUUACCAUUGCCUCCCAUGAGAACAAUCCGUAGGGAAGAAAUGUUAAACGACCAGUUCUUCAGGUGCGAGACGAUGCUGGUUACGGGAUAUGACACCUCGCUUCCUCCUAACUCUGUCAAGAGCGCGUUGCGUAAACAUUUCUCUUUAUGUGGAGAGGUCAUAAAGGUGGAAUUAGAGCCCGAGAAACAAAUCCCUUAUAGCAGAUUCGCCAGCGAGUUUGUGGCUUCUUCCUCCGGUUUGGGUGACAGAUUCGCCUAUGUUUCCAUUUAUGGAGAAGGCGCAAAGGCAAAGGCCCUGCAACUUUGUGGAAGUGACAUGGGAGGUUGCAAACUUGUUGUUGAAAAGUCGUUUUCUGGCAUGGGAGAUUCCCCUCGGGUUUUCCCCAUAGGCCUUCUUCCGAGCGAAGCCUUUUCAGAGCGUGUCCCCGACUUUCCUAAGCGGAGGAAGAUGAUGAUGAUGAAGAUAAAGAAUAACAACUAG